AUGUCAGAGGCAGAGGCCAAGAAGGAAGGCGAGGAGUGCUGCACCGCUGGCCACAGAGCCAGGGUGGCACAUGGCAGAUCUGAAUCGAUAUCCGACAUAUUCGCUAGCACUCUUGAUCUGGGUGCUCUGGCCACCACUCCCGGAUCAUGGCUGGAGGCUGGAACAGAAGAAGCUUCACAAUCUUUGAGGGCUGAAAUACCGUAUUCUCCCAAGCCACAUCCUUGGGCCUCAACUAUCAGCUUGUUGCCCGCAAACAUUCCUCUGUCCGUCGACGAUGGCAUUUUUGGAGCACAGGAUACCGGGUUCCGCACUCCCUCAGUGGCGGUGGGCAGAUGCUUCGAAGCACUCACAAGAGAAGUUGAAGAAGACAGACAGAUAAGGUCGAAGGGCCUCACCGCUCCUCUAUCAGUCGCACAGUCGUUGCACAACACUGUGAACGUUAACCUGGACCAGAUCAUUGAAGAGGGUAUCAGUGAGGGCUGGAGGCAACGCACCUACAGCCCGAGGCAGGAUAACCUCUUUGCGCCUGGCCCACCAGAUAUGUCCAAAGCCACCUCACAAGGUCAAGAACUGGGUUCCCCAAUCCACUGGCUUGACUCAAACACAGAGUGGAGUGCUAAGCCCCCCAACAGAGAUGAGAAUCGACAAAUGAGCCAGGAUUUACACAUCUGUGCACGGCCUGUUGAGAUGUGUGGGUGCGGGCGUGUUCUUGCUGCGAGCCGGGCGUUGAAUUCGGUGGUGGCUUGGGAUCCCGAAGACCCUGUGCUGUUAAGAAGAGAACAGGAAGGGGAGCACGAAGGCGAGGAUGGAGUUUCCCUACAGGCCAGGGUUGAAUCGUGGCUGAGAUCUCUGACGAAGUGA